AUGAAUCAAGAUACUGUCAUCCUUAUUAUAUCAGUGUUCUUAGGUAGUUCUGUUUUUGUUAAUUGCCUACUUCUUUUGAGUACUUUCUCUCGAGUUUCUGUUUGGGCUAUCAGUCAGCAAGAUUUCCUCAGGUUCCAAACUAUUCAAAUACUUUCAACGAGGCUAGGACGAGCAGAGCCACCAUUGAAAAAAGAGGUCGUGGACUACAUGCUAGACGUUGGUUCGCAUAUAUGGAGCGUAAGGAGAGCUAAGGCUAACUUUUUCAGAUUAAUCUAUGUUGUGAGUCCACUAUUGGCUAUUGGAAAAUGGUUUGAUCAAAUAUGUCAUUGGAAGAAUCCACUCACAACAAUUCUAAUCCAUAUACUCUUUGUUAUAUUAGUCCUUUACCCUGAAUUGAUUGUUCCUACAUUCUUUCUUUACCUAUUCUUGAUUGGUAUUUGGCACUAUAGAUUGAAACCAAGACAUCCACCUCACAUUUCACAUGCUAAUGGUGUUUUCCCCGAUGAUUUGGAUGAAGAAUUCGAUACAUUCCCAACAUCAAGAGGCUCGGAUAAGGUGAGGAUGAGAUAUUAUCGUUUGAGGAGCAUUGGAGGCAGGAUUCAGACCGUGAUAGGGGACUUAGCGACUCAAGGGGAAAGGUUUCAUUCAUUGUUAAGCUGGAGAGAUCCAAGGGCAUCGGCCUUGUUCGUGACAUUCUGUUUGUUUGCUGCAAUAGUCAUGUAUAUCACACCAUUCCAAGUUGUCGCGCUUCUCAUUGGAAUCUACGUGUUAAGGCACCCGAGAUUUCGCCAUAAACUUCCUCCAUUGUCUACUAGUUUCUUCAAGAGGCUGCCUGCAAGAGCAGACUGCAUGUUGUAG